CUACUCGCACUUUUAUUUCCAUACGUCUCCCUCAUAUAACUACCUCUGUCGCAGUUUUAAGUCUGCAAGCACAGUUACUCAAACAUCUGUGCUAUUCGAACACUCACCCCUUAAUCCACUUUCUUGUGUUCUGCGAAGCAAUAAAAUGGCGGUAAUAUGGGGUUUGGAUUUGAAGGACAUGCAGUGGUCCAAGUUCAAAGGAUCUUACAUGUUCAACAAUGUGUAUCACUUACGGAAGGUGAAGAUGAUAGUCUAUCAGAUUGCCAUGAUUCUGUGUGUGGUAUCAGAGUCAGUUGGGACGGCAGCAUUAUCAGACUAUGUGGAUGAACAAGAUGGUAUUCAGACUCGAGAUGGCAGACGAGCACACGUGCAGAAUAACGAUAUUGUCGGCAUACUUUCAUACAACAUUUUUGUUGGCAUAGCCGUUGCGACCAUUUUUGGAUCAGGCUUCUUCUUCGAUCUCUUCUGGCCCGAGCGACGCGAGAGUACAUCUGUCAAGUGGGCGUGGAAGAUAUGCUCCAUUGUCGUUUCUAUCAUGGCGUUGGCAGACGCGAUUGCUCUGACCGUCAUCGUUGCCACACACCGAGCUUACAUUUCUGGUAUGUCAACAGCCCUCGCCGAUGACUUAUUUCGAGCGAACGGCCCACCAAAUCCCAUAUAUCGAAAGAAUGCAUAUUGCGUUGCCUCAACAGUCAUCUUGUGGCCGGGUGUUAUCGCAAGUUUUGCGAGCUCCUACAUUAUGUGGAAGUCUCUUCAGCACAACGACCAAUUCGGUCCCUUUUCCUCGGCAUAUAAGAAUAAUGGGGAAGAAGCCUCGAUGGAAAUGCCGUCGACAAACAAUACGAACCCAACCACAGCUUCGACCACAGCCCCAACCAAUGGCACUAAUGUCACGACUGGCACGAAUGGAGUUAAUACUGCACCUUCUGAAGGCGUCACUACUACUACCCCAAGUCAACCGUAUCCUGGCACGUAACUUCGAGCAUGGCGUUUUGGACUGAAAUUAGAUACCGUUUUGUCGUAUUGUAUUCACGAUACCCCUAGAUUGUUAAUGUUUAUCGUUAAUUAUUGUCACGCAUACACUAUUUUACCAUUUGAUGGACAUUGAUACGUCUUGAUAUGAUGCUGUACAAUGGUUUUGUUUCAUUGUUCACUUUACCCCACAAACGAAGUGCAAGUC